CUGCUUUCUUCUGCGGGACGUUUCUUUAUGUCACUCCAGUGUCUGCUUAGCUCAACUACUUUGGCUGUGCUAUCUGUUUCUGUGUAGGAAAGUUAUACCAAUUUAAAGUGUCUUUCUCUACCUCAACUGCUACAACAUGGCGGGAAACUUCUGGCAAAGUUCCCAUUAUCUGCAGUGGGUUCUGGACAAGCAGGACCUGAUGAAAGAGCGACAGAAGGACCUGAAGUUUCUCACCGAAGAGGAAUACUGGAAGCUGCAGAUCUUCUUUGCCAAUGUGAUCCAAGCUUUAGGGGAGCAUCUGAAGCUGCGGCAGCAGGUCAUUGCUACUGCAACUGUUUACUUCAAACGCUUCUAUGCAAGGUAUUCCCUUAAAAGUAUAGAUCCAGUGCUCAUGGCUCCUACCUGUGUUUUCUUGGCUUCUAAAGUUGAGGAAUUUGGAGUUGUGUCCAAUACCAGGCUGAUCUCUGCAGCAACAUCUGUGUUGAAAACAAGAUUUUCCUAUGCCUUUCCCAAGGAGUUCCCUUACAGAAUGAAUCAUAUAUUAGAAUGUGAGUUCUACCUUCUGGAGUUGAUGGACUGCUGCCUGAUAGUGUACCACCCCUACAGACCACUGCUGCAGUACGUGCAGGAUAUGGGACAGGAAGACAUGCUGCUGCCCCUGGCCUGGCGAAUAGUGAACGACACGUACAGAACGGAUCUGUGUCUGCUCUACCCUCCCUUCAUGAUUGCCUUGGCCUGUCUGCAUGUCGCCUGUGUGGUGCAGCAGAAAGAUGCCAGGCAGUGGUUUUCCGAGCUCUCUGUUGACAUGGACAAAAUCCUGGAGAUCAUCCGUGUCAUUCUGAAGCUCUACGACCAGUGGAAAAACUUUGAUGACAGAAAGGAGAUCGCUGCGGUGCUAAACAAGAUGCCGAAGCCCAAACCUCCUCCUAACAGUGAGAGCGACCAGAGCUCCAAUGGAAACCAAAGCAACUCCUACAGCCAGUCUUAGCGCGGCGUCUAUAUUUCUGAGCGAAUCCAUAAUGUUGAUGUAGAGAAGGGUGGAUAAUUUUUCACAAUGUCACACAGCACGACCAUUGUGAUGUUGUGAUGCGUUGACCAACACCCCCCAACAAACUCCGAGAGCCACAUCUUCACUUUUCCCUUCUCUGCACACGAUGAUCUUUGACAGUUUUGUCAUCUGGAUGAGGCUCUGUACUCUGUGCUCCAGACUUGAAAUGAACUAAAAACUGAGGAACAUUUGGAAGUAAGGGGGGGUGGGGGGCUAAGAAUGUGGGGAAAACCUGCUUUAAUGUCAUUGUGAUGAUCCUGACAUCCUUGAACAGCCCAGAGGAGCGAGACCUUUCAUGAAGCUCCGUGGGAUUCGAGAAAACUAUCACAAGUACUGUGUGUGUGUGUGUGUGUGUGUGUGUGUGUGCGCGUGUGUGCGUGCGUGUGUGUGCGCGUACAUUGUGAGUGGCCAGUCAUUCCUCAGGGACUAUAGUAGUCUUCUCUGUAAAAUGAUUUGAUCCUGUGCCGACCUGAUUGGAUACCUCUCUGUGCAAACUGGGAUUGAAUACCCUGUGAGGUCUUUCCUGGUUGAUCAUGAACAAUGGCAGGAACAACUGUUUUGAAUCAUGACAACUCCACCUGGUCCAUCCCAUUCCCUCUUAUCUUUUGUAAAUAGCCUUAUAAUUCUAUUCAUUUAUUUUAUUUUUCAAGUUUUGGCUUAAUUAAGGAAAAUGAAAUGGAAGUGAUGAGCUGGUUUAGCUUUGUAUUAGCGCUUCAGAUAAAAGUGACCCUGUUUUAUUUUCACCGUCAUGAUUCUGUUCAUCUGCUUAAAAGCUUAUUCUUCAUUUUAUUGUAAUUAUUUUUUCAUUUAUUUUGCUUUAGUUGUAGAAUAAUGUGUUGCGUAAAGCAAUAAUUUGUAAAACGUUUGUCUGUAAUUUGUCAAAGAAUGGCCUUUUUUGGGACUGUUCUUAGAUUUAUUGGAUACAAUCGUUCUAGAUUUGUCUUCAAACUUUUGGCUGUUCGUUCUUCUUAUUUUCAAUCUGCCAUCUAUUUAAUCGAUGAAUUGUGGCAAUUGAUGUGUUCAUAUACCUGUAGAUGUGUCUAUAUUUUUGUGAUGUAAUACAGUGGGAGCUGUGUGUGGCUGUAUUCGAAACAAGGUGCUUGAAAGCCUUACGAAAUGAAAGCUGCUGGUUACAGAGAAAACCCUUCAUAAAAACACAUUGUCCUGUUCAGGCAAACUGUAAAAUGCAUUUUAGGGACGGAUGUUGUGGCGUUGCGUGGAUGUAUCUUUAAAUUCGUUCCUCGGUGGCUUCCUGUACACCUAAUUGUGUCACUAUUAGAAUAAUGACUGAAAAGGUACUAAAACAUGUUGUUAAACACCCCUAGCCCGUCACUCUCAUACUGAGUUAAAGAGAAGUGAGACAGAGAAGCCACUGAGGCAAGUUGGAUGCAGCCUUGUUGCCGUCAGGCAUUUUCCUCCUCUUCAGCAGGCGCCAUCUGUUACAUGACUGUUCACUGGGGAAUGGGUCUGAAAAUGUAAAGGGCUUCACCAAACCUAAACAAUCUUACUGGUUCUGGUAAAAAACAUUGCCCAACAUUGUUUUUUAUUACUUGAAAAUCUCUGUUUAUCAUUUUUGGAAGAUCAUUUAUGGUAAUAAAAAUGUAUGGUGUGCAAAACAAA